UCAGGAAGCGAUGACUUACUAGUGAGCUUUUUGAGUAUUUUAACAUAGACACGAACAGAAGUUAAGCGUUUGCUGUAAUAUGGCCUAAAGGAAUCGACAACGCUCUACAAUACGCAAUUUAAUAUGUGAAAAUGUCUUUGACGAAGAAAGAGAUCCUAACAACAUGGAACAAGGCAGUGAUAUUGUAUGAGAAUGGUGACAUAAAUGGCAGUCUUAGAACGUUCCAAGAAAUCCCAGAGCCUACGGCGAAGAUCCUGUUUAAUAUCUCUCAGGGUUUGCUGUCAAAGGGACAGAGAGAAGAAGCUUUUCAGGUCCUUAGUCAGGCAGUGCAAAAGGAUAGCCACAUGGCUGUGGGCUACUUUCAGAGCGGGGCAUUGAACUUAUCCAGCAAUAGGUUUUCAGAUGCAGAGAAAGAUUUCCUGGAAGCCCUAGAGAAGCUGAGAGGCAAAGGAACCAUAGAUUACAAACAGCUGGGGUUGAAUUAUAAGCUGUCCACUGUAGAGGUUUACUAUAACUGUGCUGUGUGCCAGUCACAUUUGGGACACUAUGAAAAAGCAAAAUGGCUUCUAGAUCAGGCGCUGCAGCAGCAACUCACUGACAAGUGGACUGUGGUGAUACAGCAAGCCUUACACAACACACAGAUUAGAAAGCCAGUGCCUGUAUCCUCUUCUAGUCAAGUGCCCAUUGGUCUACUUUUUAAACCACCACAGUCAGCCAUUGCAAACCUACAGAAAAAAGAUUACUUGGGAAAAGCUAAGGUUGUGUCAUGCUUGGAACCAGAAGGUGAAAGUGAAACCUCAAAAGUUAGAGCCCAUCCAAAUCUGUCAAGGACAUCAAGUCACUCUGCACCUAACUCUCCUGUUUCAAGUAGAAAGAAUGUGUCACCAAGACCAGCCAGACCCCCUAAGGGACCACAUCUGGUGAAAGACUUCAAGUCUGGCAGCAGUACAUGUUUGUCAUCUAGUGUAAAAGACAGCAGUGAUAACAUUGGAAUUCCUCCACACAGAUUUUUACUACCUUUGGGCACGACAAAAAGUAGUUCACAUACAGAUGUCACCAAAGCUAACAAUACCAGUAAAAUUUCACAAGAUGAAGACACAAAAUCCUAUGGUGCUAAUAGUACAGAUACUCGUAUCUCAAGACCACCAGUGCCUUUGAAAAUCCCGCCACGAUUACUUCAGAAGUCUUCUGAUAGAAAUGUGGCCUCCAGCUUAAUUGAUAGUCAUGGGAAGUGGACUAAGGAGUCUAAAGGGACUUAUACUAAGUCUGUCCCUGCUGUGGCAGGCAGACAUGCAGAACAAAUGAACAAGGUUUCUCCUCUUCAAUCUCUAUCAGGGAAUGGACAAUUGGAACGCAAUAAAGAUAUUUUAGAGCUAAAAUUGAGGGCAAUGUCCAAAGAUUCAAAUCAAAAAGAAAAGUCCCCUGUUCCACCCAAAAAACCGCCAUCAUUAAUUUCGAAGUCCUCUAUAGGUGUUGUCAUGGCAACUUUUGAAUGUGACAGUGAGACAAGUACUUGGCCAUUGAGGAGGGGCAGCACACUACAACAGGCUCUUCAGAAGGCCAGCCAGAAAUUUGGAUAUCCAGAGAAUUCUAUAUCUAUAUGGUGGCGGUGGAGCACAGUGGAGACCCCUAUGUAUAUUGAAAAUGAGGCCAGCAUGGCAGAAGUGUGGACAAGACUGCAAGGUGACAGUUUGCAUCUUCAGGUGUAUGGAAAGCCUUCAUCAUGACACAGCAGUUUUCAUUGUCUAUUCAUUACUAUUCUGGCCAAGAUGGGAGGGAGGGAGGAGGCUAUCUUGCUUGUCUGUUUUUAAUCAAUCCCUGACACAGGAUUAACAUGACUUUGAGAUGAAAGAACAAGGUAUCUACAAAGAAUAUAGUAAGAUAUAAUACAAGAUAAUCCAAAGUGCAGUCUCUUUUAAAUGAAAUUUUAGAUUCUAGGUAUGUGACAGCGGUUCAUAUGAUAUUGGUAUGUCUGGUGGCAGCAAUAAGAAUUCCCCCAUUUGUGGUAGAUCAGCUUUAGGUUUAACUUUUAAAAAUUAUACCAUAAUACUCAGGAAGUAUGUUGGUGUUUUUAUUUAUAAUUAGAAUAUGUGUAUGAUGUUUGAGAAUCUUUUUUUUUUUUUAAUUCUUGUAUUUUAUGUUUGAUGUGAACACUCCUUGUUGUGAUAGUGAGCAUUAUGUUAGGUACUGUAAUGCUAUAGCUCAACAUUAAAUUAUUUACAAUUUUUUUAGGAUAUUUACUUGAAAAAUUCCUUUGAAAUAAAAUGCUUGAGGAAGUUGGCUUAAAUAUAAUAUAUUAGUUAGGCUUGCGAAUUGUAUAAUUUUCUGUAAGGUAAGACUUAUUAAUGAAUACAUUUUCAAAUUGCUUGUCAUCAAUCAAACUUAGUAUUUAUUGUGAAAUUACAUACAGAUUUUACUCUUUUUCUGUCAAACAUUAUUUGAUUUUAUGUAGUCUUAGUUUUUUAGAGGGUUUUAUUAUAGUAUUUUAAUGUUGAAAUAGUUUUCUGUUCUUUUGUGUUUAGAGAUAAUUUAUUUUUGAGGGAUUGCCAUGGUGAUAACUGUAGAAAAUGCAGUUUUUGUGACGUUUUUGUUGUAGGUUCAAUUAGGACCUAGGUAAUCUAGCUUAAAGGUGCUUUUUAAAAGUUGGAAUGCGGUGUAUUCUGGCAAACUCCGAAGAAAUUGAUGAACUGUAAUCAAUAUUCAUGUGCAAACAGAGGGUGGAAACUGCAAAACGAAUAGUAUUUAUUGAAAUUUUCUGGUAGAAAUAUGGUAAUUAAACUUACAUGAUUUACAUUAUUAUUGUUAAAAUUGCCAAGAUCAGUCAACCCUGUGUAGUUAAAAAGUAAGUGUCAAGGCUUUUGCCCAUCAAUAAAGCAUUUUACAAGCUUUUAUUUUUAAUAAAGAAGUGAAAUCAGGCA